AUGAAAGCAGAUGCUAAAGAGCCUAUACCGGAUGCAAAAUCAUAUAUUUCUGAUGCCAUGGAAUUGAUUGGGAAUAAAAUAAGGGAACUCUUCAAGGAAAGAGAAUACGAACUCAAUGCGCUUCUUCAAGAAACACAUGAACAAUUUAACAUUAAUAAGAAUGAGUUAUCUGACACCAAACUUCUUCUACAUCAGCAACUUGAAGAGACCCAAAAGUGGAAAAGUGAAAGCAUGAAACUUAAGCUAGAGCUUGACUUGCUAAAAUCGGAUCGUGAUGGGAGCACUGAGAUGCGACUUUUGGAGUAUCAGAACAAAAUUGAUCGUCUACAGAAAGAAGUGGCGAAUUUAUCUGAACCUUUAAGAAAGGAUUCAUUCUCAGACAUCUCCGAAUUGAGUGGCAUAUCCUCCAGAGAUCGAGAAAGAUACAUCCUUCUUCAGAGAGACUAUGAAAAUCUCCAACGAUUGUAUCAGGAACGCGGGGACGAGCUUCAUCAAGUCCGAGAAAAUUUUGAAAACAAGAUCUCAUCUUUAAAUGGAAACUUGAGUAACCGCAAGCGCGAACUUAUAAACCUUCGAGCCGAAAUUGCUGAUAUAGAGGGACUUCAGCGCGACUUAGAGAAUGCUGUUAGUAAACAGCGAGUACUAAAGUCAGAAAAUUUCAAGCUUUCUUGGCAGGUGGAUGCUCUAAGUAAAGAUAAGACGGAAUUGCAAAGUAAAGUUGCCGAAAUCAGUGAGAAAUUAUCAAAAUCGAGCCAUGCUCCGAAGCUUGACGAAAGCUUAGCUGAAUCUCACUAUAAAGCAUUGUUAGAUGUCGACAUUCGCCGGUUCGAGAAAAUCUAUAAUUCUCUAGAUCUUUUAGCUGAGGAGUCUUCAUUGCGAGAGCCAGAGCAAAAGAUAAAGAGAUUGCUCAAGGCGACACAGAACGGGCAGAACAUUUUUCAAUCCCAGCGAAGUACUUAA